AUGUUUUCCAGCAUCAACUUUGCCAAAUCCUCGCCUCUCUUUGAAAGGGAGGCUGCCUAUGAGUUAUUUGGUUUCCCCGCUUAUGAUUCUCCCAUUGUCACCAACAUUGAUAUUCAAACUGUCCAUGACAUCAGGGUUCAUGAUGUAAGAAACGAACCAAGUGUUUGCGAUUUGCAAACAUCGGGCUUCAAAUUUAUCAAGCAUAAGUCAAAUGUUCCACUACUUGCUUACCAUUUCGAAAGCGCCAACGGCAAAACGGGCAAUGCUCAGGUCGUUAUGGACUACCUUGAGGAGGCCAUCACCUUAGUGAAAACACAUCUGUCCACUGACAAGGUCAUCUGUUUUGAUUGGAGAAUGCGACGCAGUGAUGUCCCGCACCUUCAAGCUGAUGUGCUUGAGAGGUUUUCCGAUGUUCAUGCAAUCCGGAGUCAGGCCAUCCCGCCAGGACUGACAGUCCAUUGCGACUUCUCCCAGGACGGUGGUCGCGAACGCAUGGAGAUGCAUCUUCUCCCUGAAGAGCUCGAGGCCAUCAACAGUGGCAAAGUCAAGGCCAAGAUAGUCAAUGUUUGGAGGCCUCUUGAUGUCGUCAAAUGCGCCCCAUUGAUCCUUGCUGACCGACGCACUGUCAAGAGAACUGAUGUUUUUGAGGUUCAGAAAGUCUUACCGGACAAGCUCGAGAAAGCCUAUUACCUCAACCAUGAGCCGUAUCAAAAGUGGUACUAUAUGUCAGAUCAAGGUCCAGAAGAUGUCGCUAUAUUCAUUACGUGGGAUGAACGAAAUGAUCUCGAGUUUGCAGAUUGCUCGCCUCACGGUGCAGCCUCGUCCUAUCUUGGAUCAAACCCAAGGGAGAGCAUUGAAGUACGAUUUAUAGUGUUCUAUGAUGUAGUGGAGCAGUGA